ACAGGGGCUUCGAUCUCACUUUCCGGACAGCGGAUGAUGCAGGCCUGUCCCUGAUAAAAUAUGGAGAAUUUCUGUAUGACAACUUGAUCAUCUUCUCACCAUCCAUAGAAGAUUUUGGUGGAAACAUCAACGUGGAGACCAUCACCGCUUUCAUCGACGGCGGCGGCAGCGUCCUCGUCGCCGCCAGCUCGGACAUUGGUGACCCACUGCGAGAGCUGGGCAGUGAGUGUGGGAUUGAGUUUGAUGAGGAACGGACCGCUGUCAUCGACCAUCAUAACUACGAUAUAUCCGACCCCGGCCAGCACACGCUCAUAGUCGCGGAUGCCGAAAAUCUCCUGAAGGCCCCCACCAUUGUGGGGAAGGCAGCGCUGAACCCCAUUCUUUUCCGAGGAGUUGGGAUGGUGGCUGAUCCUGACAACCCGCUGGUGCUGGACAUCCUGACUGGCUCUUCCACCUCUUACUCCUUCUUCCCGGAUAAGCCUAUUACUCAGUACCCGCACGCAGUCGGGAAGAACACCCUUCUGAUCGCGGGGCUCCAAGCCCGGAACAACGCCCGCGUUGUUUUCAGCGGCUCCUUGGAUUUUUUCAGUGAUGCCUUCUUCAAUUCCGCCGUGCAGAAAGCUACCCCUGGCUCCAAGAGGUACUCGCAGACAGGUAAUUACGAGCUGGCUGUCGCCUUGUCCCGCUGGGUGUUCAAGGAGGAGGGAGUGCUGCGCGUCGGAGCCGUGGCCCACCACCGCGUGGGGGAACUCGCGCCUCCCAACGCCUACACCGUCACUGACCUCGUGGAGUACAGCAUUGUAAUCGAAAAGCUUUCUGAUGGCAAGUGGGUCCCGUUCGAUGGAGACGAUAUUCAGCUGGAGUUCGUCCGCAUCGAUCCCUUCGUGCGGACCUUCCUGAAGCGGAACG